AUGGAACAUCUGUGUCAGGCAUCUGAGGGACGGAACGGCACGGAGAGUGUCUUGUCCGAAGUGGACAAGGCUUCAGGCGAACAACAGUAUUCUUCAAAGUCGCGGCUAACUAGUACGACUGUUACCGACACUGGCAAGUUCGCACCCAUUGCCAUCCAACUGUCGUCGGCAUCCAACGGGGCCACGGCAGUGGAACUGGAAAACGAAUUAACCAUGGCCAAGCCGAAGAGCAGAGCCGACAAUCCAACAGAUCACUCCUCUGCGUAUUCGGAUGCAUCCUAUCCUGAGGUGGAUGUUCAGCAGUCUACCACGCCACCCGUCAGUCUAUCGCCGGAUAGCACUGCCAUCGUUGAGUCUGCGUUCCAGGACAGUACAUUUCAAAACCAAUUUCAUCGUCAACCCCCGAUCAACAUCACCCAGCGCAACCAAGAGUGCGAGAAAUCGGCCACGCCAUCUGCCCGGGACACACAAUUGCAAAAUCUAAACGGUGCGACAUCGACAAUCGAAGGCCAAGAUGACAGUCAGGAUUCCCGAGUCGCUGAACUUCAAGAAACGCCAUCGAUUCUUGACUCUCCUUCCUCCUUGGACAGCGUUCGGCCAGAAUCUCAAUUCUAUGUGGCCCUCCACCACUCCAUCUUCAGCGACAUAUCGGCAAGGAAUUCCCGAUUGGCCUAUACCAAGGUCGCUCCGUUUGACCCUGCCCUCGAGCAUACCGCCCAGGGCCCCAACACGACUCGUGCCGAAGGUGAAUUCGUUUCCCAGUCACCAACUACUCUCGACAUCACCAUCGAAGAGGGUGGCAGCGUGGCUCGAACCUCCAAUCACUCUUCUCGUCCACCUUCAGCACGUCGAUACCAGUAUCGAUUGCCGGAAGUCGAAGCUCCUGUGGAUGGCAGACAGCUCGAUGCCCUCGCAGAGGGGAUCACACCGUCGAGCAGCGCUUUCGAGUUUCCCAAGUCGAAGAUUCGGCCGCACAUUUUUGAAUCAGAUUACCACGGCUAUCCCGGCCAGUCCAUCCAAUAUGGUCCCAAAGUAAAGCCGAUGCUGCAGCCUGAAAGCACGGGGAGUGAGCUCAAGCCAUGCAGCCCAACGAGUGGUGCCAACUUCGGGUCCGCUGCACCGCCCAUGUACCGUCAUCUUCCAAAGGUACAGCCUUUUUCAGGCCAGUCGCUUUCCGUGCCCGUUCCCAGUCCGCUCUCCCUGGACCAAUGCACUGCGGCUGAAGUGCCUGAAAUGGAGUGCGUGGGUGAUGUUGAAGAAUACCCAGCAACGGAACCGACGAACAACAUCUAUUUCGAAGGCCAAAACUCCGAUGCCGCAAGUCGUGUCCUUGAUGCACAUGCCCCAUCUCGCUGCCAAGAGUAUCCAACAUCCGCGAAGCCAGAGCCUCACACCAUCGAGACGUAUCAUGGUCGAAUGCAUUCUGCAUCUAGCCCGAAUCGAGAGGUCACCCCUUAUGGGGUUGCCGAACGCUCUUCCCGUUGUGCUGAAACAUUAUACGACAGCGGUCCGGUACGGAGCCCUCCACGACCCAUCGAUGAUGCCGGCUCCCCAUCUAGACGCAGCAGCCACCGAAUAGACACUGCAACCAAAGCCGUCCAUGAUGCAGUGUCUUCUGGCGAGGGGCUGAAAGGGAGUGGUGCUUUCGGAGACGUGCGAACGCAAAGUCGGCGGCGAAGUUUUGUUCACUCGUCUACUCCGACAUCAAAAAUUCACUCUUGUUGUGAGGAUGAUGUUGCCCCUGAUGAGCAGGGAACUCGCACCUUGGCCUCCAUGACAACGGAUGCGAAGGGAGGCUUGCCCCCAGAGAUCCGGAGUCAUCGGUCCUCUGUCGCGGAUUCCCCCAUCAACCGAAAGGCAGCAACCGAAAAUAGCCAAGGACCAACUUCUUCCCAACGUACCGCGCAGUGGCUUCGGGGUGUUCUGGGGCAGCCUGAUCCCUACACGACCAAGUUCACGAAGCGUCCCGAUAAGCGGCAAGACGAAACGCAAGCUUCGCCAGACCAGGUUCCGAGAUCCGAGUCCCUGGUUUCCAGUUUUCUGGCUUCGUGCCAUCUCCCGCGCCGGGGAUGCGAACAUUCGGUGAAGUCGAAGCUGACGUUUGAUGGUCAUGACUUGAAGAGUGCAGUUGGGGACCUGGAGCGACUCCUGAAUGAGGCUCUGAAUAUUGCAUCCCAUGUCAUUGAGAGACCAGACGCCACGACGGCAUUGCCUCGGACCUUCGAACCAGACCCCAGCCUGCACUCAGAUCGCCACAGUGGUGACGGUGAAUACAGCUGCCAGCUCGAUCCUUCACCUACCAGUGCCCCUGGGAGUGCUGAAGAUCCUCAACGAGCAGCCGGCAUGGUGACGAUUAGCUCAGACAAGAGUUCCCUUCCGAAAAGCCCAAGGUGUCCGCGCGCAACUACCCAGUCUGGUUACCGAGGGCGUCCUCGGCGUAACGGCAUCAUUCAGACCUAUUCAGGCCAAGGAGGCGAGAAAGAUACGGGCAAGACUGACCGUGACGAUCGGCAGCUCCGAGUUUCUCCCGGAAAUCUUCAAGUGUCGUUCGAUAUUCCUCGUCGGAAGACCUGCACAAAUGUGGCAGGGUGCCUUGACUUGUCCGAAGACGGACUCCGCAGAAGCAAGCAUGCUCCAGCGGAGUGUGCCGGUGGUCGGGGGAGGCUCGGCGACGAUCCUUUGAUACCAGUGGAACUUGCACCUCAGCUUGGACCUGGAUCUAUUUCGCAGUACGGCCGCGACGUACCGGGAAAGAUUGGCCGCAUGGGACAAGGCUCCGUGCCCGAACCUCGCCCAGGAUCUGGGUGUGAUGCCGGACUCCCGCAACGUGACGGUGCCACUCGCCCGGCGCACACGAACCACGGCAUAAACCUUCGACGGAAGUCCCAUGUCAGCUUGCACGGUGUCUCUGGAUUCAGUCUAGCCAAGUCACGCAAACGACAGGCUCCUGCGAGGGACUGGUCACCCAUCCGGAAAAGAUUUGUCGCAGCGGUCGCUUGCAUCAGUACCGCCCUGAUCGGCGUCAUACUGGGCAUUUAUGCCGGGCUCGUGCCCUCGAUUCAAUACUACAUUAUUGACCAGUCCCACGCCACCGUCCAUGGGAACACGGGAUGCUUUCUCGGUUUGGCCCUGCCGACCUUCUUUCUCUGGCCGCUGCCGCUGCUUCAUGGGCGGAAACCGUACAUCAUGUCAAGCCUUGUUCUCGCAAUGCCUCUUUUGUUUCCUCAGGCUCUAGCCGUCAAUUCGCAGCGGUUGACGGAUACCGUAUCCUGGAGGAUCAUGCUGCUCGCUUCUCGCGCCGCCAUGGGCUUCUCGCUUGGGUUUGCGAGUAUGAACUUUCACUCGAUACUUACAGACUUAUUCGGCGCUUCCCUGAUGAGUGUUAAUCCUCACCAGGAAGUUGUAGACCAGGACGAUGCGAGAAGACACGGUGGCGGCAUGGGCGUUUGGCUGGGCAUAUGGACUUGGUGCUGGAUCGGUUCCCUUGGCGUUGGCUUUCUCGUCGGCGCUUGCCUCAUCGACCAAUACCCUCCCGCCUGGGGGUUUUAUGUCAGCAUCAUUAUUCUGGCCGUCGUCUUGUUCCUCAACAUCGUUUCCCCCGAGUCUCGUCGCUCUGCCUUCCGACGGUCAGUCGUCGAGGUCCGGACUGGAACCGACAUUUCACGCCGCGUCGCCCGGGGAGAAGUCACGAUGCAUCGGGUCAAAACUGGUCCAAGGUGGUGGGGACAAGAGGUGUAUCACGGCAUCGCCUUGUCCCUUGAGAUGCUUCGUCAGCCCGGCUUUGCGGUUCUGGCCCUCUACGCUGCCUGGAUUUACGCCCAAGUUGUGCUCAUCAUCGUCUUGUUGGGGUCGCUGACCUCGCGAUUUUACAAGCUACGAUCACCAGUCGUCGGACUGCUCGUUGGUUCCAUGGCUCUAGGUGCCAUCCUCGCGAUCCCAUUCCAGAAAGGCAACCUCUUCUCAAGGUCACGACUGGCGCAGAUGAAUACCAAUCUGGCAACUCUCAACCGCAAAGUCGCGUGGUCGUCUCAUCUUGUGCGUCGGACAGUCUUCACGCUCCUGCUUCCGCUCGCUGGCAUCUGUUAUGCAUCAGUCUCAGCAGGUCCUCCGAUGCACAUCAGUGCUCCCACAAUUUUCGCCACCCUUGUUGGUUUUCUUUCAUGUUUGGCUAUUGCGGAAUGCAACGGGCUCGUCAUGGAAACCUUUGACACGUCAGACUUGUCGCCUGGCAUGGUUGGACGGCAGAAGGGCGGCGAUGGAAAGCUUGAGAAGCGGACAAAUUACUCUUCAUUCCCACGCGUCACGUCCGGCUUUGCCAUAAUCCACAGUCUCGCCUUUGUGCUUGCGGCUGGUGCCACAGCUCUGGGUGGUCUCGUCACAAGAACGCUGGGCCAACAAGUCUCCACUGGUGUUGUGGCGGGCGUCCUCCUGAUCCUCACUUUGCUUCUCCUUCUAGUCCUCAUUCGUUUUGCCGAUGUUCAAAUCGUGCCAAAGUGCAGGUCAGACGAGAUGGACAGGAUUGUCGAAGUCCGACGCCGGUCAUCGACUCGCCGAGUCUCCAUGCCCGACGACCCACAAGCCGUUCUGGACGAAGAGAGAGCUUGGAGGCCUGCCAUGAUUGGGAACCCGACUGGAAAGAAACGACGCAUGAAUAUUCUCGAGCUCGGGGGGCAGAGUCGGUGGCAAACUAUCCGCCAAAAGAAUAAGCUGAUCGAUGAGGGGGCUCAUCUGAACCGUGAAGCCUGGGAGCAAGGAAUAGAGGCGCUAGACGACCAAAUGAGCGACUUGCAACGAGAUGCCCGAGAGCUAUUCGGCAUGAGUGGCGUGGGGAGGAGCUCCACGCGGGGAGGACGAGCGGAAGAAGAGGAUCAUGCGGCAGGUGAAUCCAUCGAGAUGAAUGGCAUCGCACCCCAGAGCAACCAAGGGGGUCACUCGGGACGUGGUCGAUACGCCGAAAGGACGUGUGCCAUGAGCGAGUCUGGACGAGAUGGAAGUGGAGAUGGGAUGCAGGCUACGCGGAGAAGACGCUGA